AUGCCACAAGAUUCGCUCACUCGAGUCAAUGACAAGUCUUCGGCUCAAAAAUUGACUCAACUCCGCUCAUUGAUGAAGAAGCAUGGUAUUGGCGUCUACUUGGUUCCACUGGAAGACGAACAUCUAUGUGAGUACACAGGACUCGGGGAACGCCGUCGUGAGUACAUUUCAGGUUUUACGGGCAGUGCAGGUAUUGCCAUAAUCACUUUAGAUGAUGAUGAUUCACUUACAGGUAAAGCAGUUGUUAGCACUGAUGGGCGGUACUGGCUUCAAGCUGAGAAGGAAUUGGAUCCUAAAUAUUGGGGCAUUCUCAAACAGGGACAAGCUGGAGUUCCGCUGUGGACGCAUUGGGCAGUGACGCAUGCCAUAAACUCGGCGUGGGUGCCGGUAAUCUCUUGUGAUCCCAAGGUUUUGACGCUUUCCUCUGGUGAAUUUUUGGAGAAGACACUGCGAAUUAUGCCUUUCAAAUUCGAACUUCUUGGUGACAACUUGAUUGAUGAAAUAUGGCCCGAUAAACCGGAGCGUUCGAAAACUCCCGUUUUUGUUUAUGAUAUCCAAUAUGCUGGGGAAACGGUCGUGGAUAAGUUGGCACGGGUACGUGUUUGCAUGCUGGGUGCUCUGCAUCUAGUUAUUCUGGACUUGGACGAGAUUGCUUGGUUAUUCAAUUUACGUGGAGUUGACGAUGUUGUCUAUAAUGUCAGUUUCUUCGCCUACACUAUUGUCACAAUUGACGAUGCUGUGCUCUAUAUUGACCAAGCCAAAAUAUCGGACACAGUACGCGCUCAUUUGGAUAAAACGCCCAAUGUUGUGAUUAAAGAGUAUACUCAAUUUUAUCCUGAUUUGGGACACUUGAGAUCCUCUCUUAGCAAUCCUGACACUGAGAUAAUUCUUCCGGCCAAAACCCUGUGCAACUAUGCUCUUGUGCAAACUUUACCGACCCUGUAUGCUCGCCAAAGCAUUAGGUUCCAACUGAUUAUCCUGUUAUUGAAGAUGGUAAAGAAUGAAACAGAAUUGCUUAAUACUCGCUUUGCUCAAUUGAAGGACUCCUUAGUAUUUAUUAUUCAUGCAGCUUGGAUUGAAAGACAACUCUACAAACGUCGUCCAUUGACUGAGUGGCAAGUGGCACAAAAGAUCUACCAGAUCAGACUGUCAAUGCCGAAUUUCAGAGGGCUUUCGUAUGCAACAAUUGCCCUGAACAAUGCAAACGCAGCUAUAAUUCACUAUGCUCCCACUCCCGAAAAAAGUGAUGUUGUGGAUCCCAAGGGGAUUUUUUUAUUGGAUCUGGGCGCUCAUUAUUUGGAGGGUACAACCGACAUUACCCGAACUUAUUGCUUCAAUAGGCACCCGUCAUCACAGUACCGAACCUACUACACCUUGGUUCUUCAAGGCCACCUAUCCGUUGCCAACGCGAAGUUUCCCCCUAACUCAAGAGAAACGGGUACUAUACUUGAUGGGUAUGCUCGCAAGUUUCUCUGGGAACACGGCCUUGACUUUAACCAUGGUGUAGGGCAUGGUGUGGGGGCGUGUGGCAAUGUACACGAGGGUCCCCUCGGCAUUUCCCUGACUGCAGGCGGCCCCCUGGAGGAGCCUCUCUUUAAACCUGGUGGUGUCUUAACCGAUGAGCCGGGUUACUACAUCGACGGAGAAGUUGGGUUCCGAGUAGAGAGCGGUCUUGAGAUUAUCGAGUGCGAUUCCAAAUUUGGGAAAACUCGCAAGGGCGAGAACUACUUAGGGUUUGGCUAUCUCACUAAGGUUCCUUUCUGUCGUCGAUUGAUCGAUAAGCUGAUGCUUUCAAAAUCCGAAGUUGAUUGGAUAAAUCGAUACCACGCCGAUAUUUGGCACCAGUUUGCUCCCAAGUUGAAAAAGAUGGGCGAAAAGGGGGCACUUCAUUGGUUGAGACGUGAAACCAGAUCGUUAUGA